AUGUUUAUUCAACUGUUGGUUACAUGUAUUUGUCUUGUAAUUGUUGUUCAAUCAACAGUAACAAAUAGUUCAAAAGAUCAACCUCUUGGUGCUUUGACAUUACCUAAACAAGCAUCAGUUUAUGAUGAUUAUGAUUUAAAUGAUCAAAAAACAUUAGGAAAUAAUGCUGAAGGUAGUGGUGGUGCAGCAAGUCUUGAUGAAUAUGCUGAUGAUGAUGAAGAAGAACAACUAUCAAAAGUUACUGCUAAUCGUAAUAGUAGUACAACAAUAAUGACUACUACACGAACAACAACUAUGGCAAUAUUAACAACAACAUCAACAACAACAACGACAUCAACUACUACUACUACUAGUACUACUACAUAUUCAACAACUACAACAAUCUUAAUCAAUAAAUGGUCAAAAACUACAUUUAAUUAUGACCAACCGAAAAAGAAAAGUCCAAGUAGUACAACAUCAUCAUCACCAUCACCACCCUAUAAUGAUAUAGAUGCAAGUGAAUUUAAAGAUGAUCAUGAAGAAUAUGCUGAUGAACUUGAAGAUGAUGCUUAUUACAAUGAACCAACAUUAUCAAACAAAGUUUCUAGUACUUCAUUUACACCACCUCCAUAUCCAAUGCUAACAACUCGUCAGUCAUUAACUACGAAUCAGACAAGACCUAUAUGGACAAUUUUUAGUUUUCUAACACGUCCACCGAUUGCAAUAGGUAUUCUUGCUGGUUUAGCCGUAGGUAUUUUAACAUCUAUUAUUCUUCUUAUUUGUAUUAUUCGACGUUAUCAUAAACGUGAAAAAUCUCAUUCAUCAUAUACAACAGGUUUACUUUAUCCAAAUCAAUAUGGUUAUUCAAAAUCACCACAAGAAUUUUAUGCUUAA